AUGAUCAAAUUACAAGAGUUAAAUAAUAAAUCAAAUAAUAUCAGUAAUACUAUUGAAAUUAAAAAAUUUAUACUACAUUUCACAUGUGAAUAUGUAUGUCAUAUAUCAUAUAUAGUUUAUAAAACGAGUAUUGAUUACAGCACACCAUUAGACUGUAAUUGGUGUAGUGGAUUUUGGAUCAAAUUGGUUGGUGUAAUUUGCAUAUUAUUAGCAGGCAACCUAUUAAUAACUAUUGGUUGUGUUCUACUAUACUACUUUCUCAUCUCAUUAUUGUUAUUUGAGAUCAGAUCAUCAGCAGCCAACAUUGUGUCUGCUAGAGAUAUUAAGUUAUUCAUUGUGUAA